CGUGAGGGCAGCGGGGACCGCGGGGCAGAGCCCGGGCCGCGCUGCGAGCGCCGGUGGCCCGGCGUGGGGCGGCUCCCACCUCCCCCCGAGCGCGGCCCGCCGGGAGGAGGGAGCCCAGGAUCCCCCCUUCCUCCGCCUCCUCCUCCUCCUCCCGGCUUCGCCUCAGCCAUUGCCCCUCUCCGCAGCCCCCCGGCGCCUCCCUCCGCCGCCCCCGGCUGUAUGGUACGCGGAGCCAGGGCCCCUCUCCGCCGCGCCAGCGGGAGGAGCCGCGUCCUCAGCGUCGCCGCUGCCGAGAGGUGAUUCAUGGCAGGGGACGUGGAAGGGUUUAGCUCCUCCAUCCAUGACACCAGUGUCUCUGCAGGAUUCAGAGCACUGUAUGAGGAGGGAUUGCUUCUUGAUGUCACACUUGUCAUUGAAGACCACCAAUUUCAGGCCCAUAAAGCUCUCCUUGCCACCCAGAGUGAUUACUUCAGGAUUAUGUUCACAGCUGACAUGCGAGAACGAGAUCAGGACAAAAUCCAUUUGAAAGGUCUGACAGCUACAGGCUUCAGUCAUGUUCUCCAAUUCAUGUACUAUGGAACUAUUGAACUGAGUAUGAACACUGUUCAUGAAAUCCUUCAGGCUGCCAUGUAUGUCCAGCUUAUAGAGGUGGUAAAGUUUUGCUGCUCUUUUCUCUUAGCUAAAAUCUGCUUAGAAAACUGUGCAGAAAUUAUGAGACUUCUGGAUGAUUUUGGUGUAAACAUCGAAGGAGUCAGGGAAAAACUGGAUUCCUUUCUGCUAGAGAAUUUUGUGCCACUCAUGUCCAGACCUGACUUCCUUUCAUAUCUGAGCUUUGAGAAGCUCAUGUCUUACUUGGAUAAUGAUCAUCUGAGCAGGUUUCCAGAGAUAGAGCUGUAUGAAGCUGUUCAGGCCUGGCUGCGCCAUGAUAGAAGACGCUGGAGGCAUACGGACACCAUCAUUCAGAACAUCAGGUUUUGUUUGAUGACACCAUCCAGUGUUUUUGAGAAGGUAAAAACAUCAGAAUUUUAUCGAUACUCCCGGCAGCUGCGACAUGAGGUUGACCAAGCCAUGAAUUACUUUCAUAGCGUUCACCAACAGCCUUUGAUGGAAAUGAAAUCGAACAAAAUUCGUUCUGCCAAACCCCAGACUGCAGUAUUUAGAGGAAUGAUAGGACACAGUAUGGUAAACAGUAAAAUUCUUCUCUUGCACAAACCAAGGGUCUGGUGGGAACUAGAGGGUCCUCAAGUACCUUUACGACCAGACUGCCUUGCCAUUGUAAAUAACUUUGUGUUCUUACUAGGUGGGGAAGAACUGGGGCCAGAUGGUGAGUUUCAUGCUUCAUCCAAAGUGUUUAGAUAUGACCCAAGACAGAACACUUGGUUACGAAUGGCAGACAUGUCUGUCCCACGCUCUGAGUUUGCUGUUGGAGUUAUUGGGAGGUAUGUUUAUGCAGUGGCUGGGAGAACCAGGGAUGAAACGUUUUACUCCACUGAACGGUACGAUAUUACUGAAGAUAAAUGGGAAUUUGUGGAUCCUUAUCCAGUCAAUAAGUACGGACAUGAAGGGACUGUGCUUGGUAACAAGUUGUAUAUCACUGGUGGAAUUACAUCAUCUUCAACUUCUAAGCAAGUGUGUGUGUUUGAUCCCAGUAAAGAAGGGACAGUAGAGCAGCGAACAAGGAGAACUCAAGUGGUCACUAACUGUUGGGAGAACAAAUGCAAAAUGAACUAUGCAAGAUGCUUUCACAAAAUGAUUUCUUAUAAUGGUAAGCUUUAUGUCUUUGGUGGUGUCUGUGUGAUCCUGAGGGCCUCCUUUGAAUCUCAAGGAUGUCCUUCUACAGAGGUGUAUGACCCUGAUACGGAUCAAUGGACUAUAUUGGCUUCUAUGCCAAUUGGUAGGAGCGGUCAUGGUGUAGCUGUUUUGGACAAACAGAUAAUGGUUCUUGGAGGCCUUUGUUACAACGGUCAUUACAGUGAUUCAAUUCUCACCUUUGAUCCAGAGGAAAACAAAUGGAAAGAAGAUGAAUAUCCAAGGAUGCCGUGCAAGCUGGAUGGCUUACAAGUCUGCAGCCUGCACUUCCCUGAGUAUGUUUUGGAGCAUGUUAGACGCUGCAGCUAAAACUGAGUGAACAACCCGGUGAAAGACAAAAAGCUAUACCUAAUUUGUUAAAAAAAUACAAACCAAUUAAAUUCCUUCAGAGACAUUUUCCUUGUGUGCAAGAACAAAUGCUAAAUGCUCAAGAGAAACAGGAUGUACAGGGAGUGUACUUACCAAGUUUAUUAGAAAAGCCAAUAGUUAGUCUGACCUUGUAAAAGCUUUGUUGUUUUGGUUUUUUUUUAACAUAACUGUAAGUACAAAAAAAAUAAAUUUUUGAGUGUG